AUGCGUGCACCUGCAGGGAGCUGGGGUAACAGCCAGCUGAUGGUGCUGGGUCCACGCAAUGGCGCGCAAGGGGGCAUGGUUGAGGGCCCAAUCAGGGCGGCAGUCGACACGCAUGCGACUGCAGGGGGUUGGGCUGACGACUGGAUGAUGGUGCUGGGCCCACACGACGGUGUGCGCUCUCCCUGCGCGCCCCUUGCUGUCCCUCGACUCCGCUCCUGGACCCUCUCUGCACCCCCUCCUCGCGCCUCAACGCUUCCCAUCUCCUCACCAUCUCCUCACCUCCUCACCUCCUCUGCUGCUGUACCCCUUGUCCCCUCGCUCUCCCAUCGUCUCCUACACCUCUUCAUCGUCCCCAUGCCCGACGCCGAUAUCAAGCUCAGGAGAGGCACUGGUGUCCAACAGUGA